AUGGCCAGUACUAGCUUGACAGCUACCUACUUGGUUCCCGAUCCAAGCUUCAAUUGGAAUAGCGCUCUGUUCUUCCUGUUCUAUUUCAACCGGCUGUUUGCGACCCUCCUGUCCUAUGCGAUCCGAUCUUAUACCUGGCACUACUACCGCGUCUAUGUCGAUAUCAAGGCGUUGCAAAUAUCGCUACUAGGUGGUCGAAUAUUCUUCAAAGGAAUCCGGUAUCAUGGCGUGAACGAGACAAUCUUUAUCCAUGGUGGGUUCAUAACAUGGAGGUAUUGGAAGCGCACAGUCGAGCGGACGGACCUUUCACGCGCGGGGCAUAAGAGGAAAGUCCCAGGCACUUCUGAAAAAGAUCAAAGCGAGUUCAUUACUGGUGACCACGCGGACGAAAGUGUUGGGGAACAAGGUGGCGUCGAGAAGAGGAUUGAGCGCCCGUGCCGGGUUGCAAUCACAGCCUACGGCCUUGAGUGGUUCGUAUACAACCGGACCCCAGCAUAUGACAGCAUCCUUGCCGGCUUUGGGUACAAGGACGGGAGCUUGGGUGAAGAUGAUGAGUCCAUUCAGUCUCCGCCGGAGGCCCAACAAAAGCACCAGCGCGCCGAUAGUUCAGUCAAUAUAAGUUCGGAAGAUGCAGUGAAGUCAACAGCCGACAACGUAUCUGAUCACAGCAUGAGCGGAGGGCAGAACCUUGACCCCCGAAAGACGGAAAUUCGCGACUCGGAAUUGUCAGAAUCCGUAUCUAAUCUGCUUGAGCUGCUCCCAGUCAAGCUGGACUGCAGAAAGGGAGCCAUCGUCAUGGGCAAUGAAAAUACUCGAUCCGUCCUUACCACGACCUUUGAUAGUGCAGAGGGCACAAUUGCCGCAUGCAAGGCAGGCCCACUGGACCUGUACCGACAACUCUUUUCCUUCAAGUUCGACCACCCGGUAAUCCAGAUGCGACCAAACCCAGACUUCAAACAAGGUCAAAUCGCGACUGCAAAGAUGCUUAGCGCCGUGAAGGAGGAGGAAUCCUCUUCAAAGCGUAACGGGGGGCAUCUCUUCAGCUACAGGCUCCAAAAACGCAAAAUAUUGCACAGCAUCCGUGAGUUCGUCCCGUAUUUCCAAACGUCAGUGGAAUCAUUCCACGCCAGCAUCAGGCAAAAUGAAAGUAUGCCACGGAGCCAAGCUGAGUUUCCGGACGUUCGGUGGGUCGGCCUUUCUCGAUAUCUGGAUGAAGAGAAUGACGACGACCACGAGAAAUGGAAUUCGGCCGAGUAUGGUCGAUUCUCUACGAUUCUCGACAGCCCUGGUUUGCAUUUGACAUAUUUUUGGGAUAUCCCAGGGCGCGUUGGCCCCCAGCCCCUAAGCUCUACUGGUGUAGACCCGCAUACAGAAACAAACAUUAACAAUGCUCUUCCUCCUGAAUGGGGAAUCGAUCUCAAACUCGACGGAGGCACCAUCAACUAUGGACCCUGGGCGGAUCGCGAACGUAUCGGCUUGCAAAAUGUUUUCUUGCCGAAUUUCUAUCGAAGCUCUGAAGUUACUGAACAGUUGGCACCGGGAGUCUUGCGACAAAACACGGUCUUUAGAUUGCGAGUGGAAAUCAACGAGGAGCUCACUGUUCGCAUUCCGACGCGAGAACCGUCCAAGGAUUGGAUGUGGAAGGGGCGGGCAGACGCCAUCCGAGGUGCCUCCAAAGCCAAGAAGCAAACCGAGAGAAGGAAACACCGGCCAAAGGAGGGCGAGAAGGGUCAUAUUGGCCCUGAUAUUCGCCCUUUCGGAUGGCUUUCUCUUCGCGUUGGCCCGGAUUCUACCGUUAAUUAUGCCAUGGACAUGAUCGCCUCAAAUACUGGAUUUCGCAACGAGCUCUCUUUGGAUCUUCGAGAGUCGAGAAUGUCUUCCAGCGUGAAUCAUGGGCUCCUGUGGCAAUGCCCUCGUCAUUUGGUAACUUGUGACUUGUCCAAUCCUCUCGUCUGGAACAGUCUCCGGUCGUGGCGUUUCACUGUCGACAGCCAAGAUCUGGAAUUAUUUCUUUUGCGGGAUCACAUUUUCCUGUUGACCGAUCUUAUCAGCGAUUGGGCAUCGGGGCCUCCAUCUGACUACCAUACGUUUGUCCCGUUUAUAUACAACAUUGAUCUUGUCUUCUCGAACCUGCAGCUUUUCAUCAAUGUGAACGAUCGCAAUAUCAUCAGCAAUCCUUCCGACUUGAGUGAUAAUCGAUUGAUUGUCAUCAAUGGCAAGCAUUUGACGUCAAACGUCAUGAUACCUCUGAACAAAUACCAACCCGAGCAAAAUGCAGUCGAGUUCAAGGUUGCUCUCGAGGAAGGCGGCGUGGACUACCUCAUGCCUCCGUGGGACACGCUACACUCUUUCCUGCCCGAAAAGUCUAUGGCGACGCUGGAAAGUCUUUUCAUCGAUGGAUCCUAUAACUACUUCUCAGCCACGUCAUCAGAGCUGAUAGAUACAUUGGUUCUCAAUGUUGACGGUGUCUCACCACGGCUUUACCUCUACGGUUUCUUGAUCAAGAGCUUCAUGGUCAUCAGGGAGAAUUACUUCGGGGACGAGAUGCACUUCAAGACUCUCGAGGAAUACCAGGAACUAGCCUACGCGGACACGCAACCUUCAAAUCCGACGGGGAUCAACCCUAAUCGAAAAUCAAACGACAUGGAUGUAUUGGUACGUGUCACCGUUGACAGUCCAUGUGCUCUGCUGCCUGAAAGCAUCUAUGACAAUUCAAGAUGUGCUCGUCUGUCUGCUGCAUCCCUUGAAGUUGAUCUAAGGUUCACGAACUACUACAUGGACAUGCAACUUUCUAUCAGUCCGCUUAAACUGGAUUUGCAAUCCACUCAGUCUGAUGGCUCCUCUGUCACAUCUGGCACUCAGCUGUUUAUUGAUGGCCUUUCAGCUUACGGCCAUCGCCUGUUCGGACUACCCCCUGCGGAGCCAACGUACGUUUGCAAUUGGGACUUUGAUGUCGGUAAAAUCCUAGGUGAAUGCUCCACAGAUUUCAUCGCGUGCCUGGCGUCUGGUUUCAAAAGUUUCGACUUUUCAUUUGACAAUGAAGAGAAUGCGCUACACCCGCUCUUUCCACCAAUUCUCUUCGAUGUCACCUUCCUGAGAGCCAACAUUGCAUCGAUUCAUAUCUCCGUGCUUCUUGAUGAAAUCGCCGUUAUUCUAGAUUCUCAGCCCUUGUCCAUCAAGAUCAAUGACUGGGCAAAUUCGAAAUUUUCGAAAAGGCUGAGCUUCAUCGCCCCUAGCAUUACCAUUGCUGGUGUGGAUCGUCAAUCAGUCCCCCUGGCUCUGCGAAUGGCCGAUAAGACGAUAUCUCCUCUGGGUCUGAUUGAAAUGGCAGUUGGUCUGAAGUUGGCACUUCGUAAGCGGGAUAUAACGGAGAGCCGACGCUUGCAACAAGAGCACAUCAAGAUCCAUGACCAACGAACCCAUCGAGCCCAAUGGCUUCUGUUCGAUUGGGAAGAGAUUGCUCCUACUUCGUCACUUCCACACGCUGAUGACACGAUCUUUCCCCCCACAAUGCCCAUACCAUCUAUGCCUGAACCCAUAAACGAGAGACAUAGAUCGAUUCAUACUUCGUAUCGUGGGUUCUCGGGAACACAUGCUGCCGCAAGUUCUCGGAGCUUCGUGGUGCACUCCGGAACAUCAAGCCUCCGCAGUAGCAAAGCUUCCCCUAAGGAUGUAUCUCGAUCUUCAUCAAAAUCUGAGCCGAAGCGAAGACCUGAGCCAACUCCUCGGGAUGCAAGCUGGUCCACUGUGCACUUGAGCAGGGCUAAGGACAGCGCAUUUUCCCCAACAGCUAUUCGUGACGCAAAUCCUUGGAUCAUACCCCAUUUUUCCUACUGGAAGCUUUCCCUGGAUAGAACAGACCUUCCUUUGUCGAUGAGCAAAGAAAAAGCGCCUGAGAUGGAUUCUGACAUCGGAACAAGCAAGAAAGCAAUCUUCCUAACAUUUGAGGAUGACCAAACAAUGUACACCAAUCUUGCGGUCGAUCUUCCCCUGGGCGUUAGAGGUUUCUGUACCCCUAAAUUCCUUCACAGCCUGGCUUCAUUGAUGGACGGACUUGAGCCAAAACACCCAACCCAGAUAAUUGAUUCUCUCCAGAAAGACGUAAUUUCUGACAUUGUUGGCUAUGACAAGGCGAUGAGCCAGCCGAAGAGAUCAACGUCUAUUGCCGUUCGAGUUCCCACGAUCCAUAUGCGCCUCAUUGAUGUAUCAGGGUGUCCGGACAAGAGACAGGUUGAGUUUCGUGAUGAAUACACAAUCGCAGUGCACAAUCUUCGAGCCGAGUUUCAAAGGAGGGUCGAGCGACACAAGGGGGAUCUUUUGGAAGGCCUCAAACAGGGCAUUACCGGGCAUGCAGCGGCUGAUCAUUUCUGGAUUUCGGUCGAGGGCAGUCGAACUGAUACAUUUGAAGAAAAAGCUCUGUUCAAUUGCGACCUCAGCGACUUGAAUUUCUGGAUGGUAACGGAGCCAGAUAUUCGAUCUCAUCUUCAAAUGCGAAAUUUCAAUACAGUCACUUCCGCAAAGUCCGUCGAACGCUUGGCCUUCCUUGUUCGCCGAGCUACAACCAUGUUUGACUCUGCGGCAUCGGCUUUCCAGCAUACUUCGGCUGCCAGUAAACGACGCUUGCGGUUCCUAGUCUACUUCUUGACAAAAUCAGCUGGCGAAAUCGCGGAUCCCAUAUUCCUGACACGUAUAUCCAAUGUCCUUCGUAUCGCUUCAAGUCACCUGCGACAACACGAUUCAUGGAAAAUCAUUUCCCGCAUUCGCAAUAUCUACGAGAAUCUGCCGGUGCACCACAAGCGAGAGCUAGAAAGCAGAUGCCAAGGCAGCAAUCUUCCUGUACCACCUGGUGCCCAGUCAACAGUACUGGCAAGUUUCGAUCAAUGGCGAGCCUGGGACCUUGCUCAAGUCGACAAAAGCUACAUCAUGCGAAAAAUUUGGUCAAGAUCUGAACCAAAACCGAUGAAAUCGGAGCCUGCUAUGUCUUUGUCAUGUACCGUGAAAACCCUCCGUUUCUCUUUGGACCCUGGACCAAGAGAGAGCGAUUUCAUUGUUGAGAACCUCUCGACUGUCGCGUCGCUUAUCCCAAACAAGGCAAUUCAAGGCGACAAAAAGAACAAAAAGGUUGCCGCGCUGCAGUUGUACUCUUCUUCCGCUGCUCUCCGAUUGAGAUGGGAAGUUGUCGACCUUGUUGAGGGCUUGAUCAAAGUCAUGUCUCCCGUGACGUUGGAUUCAUCAACUACAACGCCUGUUCCUACCCGUGGAGAGCAGGAGUUAGCCGAAAUUCAAAUCAUUUUUGGCACGGAUUUCGGCUCUGUCACACUCGAUGCCAUUAACUUGAAAUUGGCGCUUGUUUCCAAAGUCCUUCGUGGAUCUAUUGUCCACACCUCACAAAGCACGAAGAAGACAAGAAACGAGGGCCUUGCCCUGCUUUUCAGUGCUGAAGCCUGCUCUUCAGAGCUUUUUAGCCAAUCCAGAACUCUGAUGUUGUCUAGAAUUGCCGACCCAUACUUGUAUUUCUCGCUCAUGUCCGAUGAGAAUGAGCUCGAAUGCAAGCAUGAAUGGAAGGUUGCGGGCUCGUGCAGGAAGCUUCGAUAUGAUAUGAAGGAGGAUCCAGUCAGCUUGGCCCACACCGCUGAUCGCCUGAUUGAAGACGAAAUCCGGUACAUCCGACAGCUCGUGGAAAAUGUCAAACUUCCAAAGGCCCAGCCUGAACAAGUCACGAAACCGAACAAGCCCAUCCACAACAAGAUUAACGUGGCGAUGUUCCUGGAUGAUUACCGGCUCAGCUUCAGUCUUCUGCCUUCUUUGACCUAUCUGAUAACUGGCGAAGUCGCCCGAAUGUCGAUUAUGCCCACAGAAACAUCCAAGAUCGAGGUGGAUUUCGACAUUAAGAAGAACUCGCAUAUUUUCAGCUCUGGCGAAGGCGAUCGAUCUCGGACUCUUUCAAUUCUGGAGAUUCCUCCUGCCAAUGGCCGAAUCCUUGCAAACAUCUCCUCUGCGCGAAGAGAAGUGGAAGUUGAUAUGACGAUUGAACUCAUUCGCUUAGAGGCUAGUGCUGUCCGCAGCCUUCUCGGUGUUUUGACCGGACCAGAUGUUUCGCAUCUCAUCUCAGACCUCAAGCAAAAUGUGGAUGUGCUUCAGUCUCAUCUUGGCGACGUCCUUUCGUUGCCAAAAUCGAAAACCGAACCUGUGCCUGAACUAGUUGCCGCAAACUCGGUGAUUUUGUACAGAUCUCGGCUCACGGUAGCUGGAUUCGAAAUACACGCUGUUGCACCGGGUCUGAAUCGCAACAAAUAUUCCGCGGAGAUGAUUCUUAGCCUGGGAAUGAUGCAGAUGCGCCUUCAGAAUGGCCUUGACCGCGCAUAUACCAUGGACUAUCCCGAGUUCAGCGUUGACGCUCCUCAAAUCAAUUUUGAGUUACGCAGGCAAGAAAAUUCGAAGAGCAAACCCUAUGGUAGCAUCUCAGCCGGCGUAAAACUUCAAGGGACUUCCACAGUUCGGGAAAAUGGAGAAGUCAUGCGGGCAUAUCAUCUCACCAGCAACAAGUUGGACGUCGAGCUGUUUGCUGAGACGGCGGCGCUGGUGGUUGACAUUGCCAUCUACACCCAAGAACGCAUCAAGACUUUGGAUCUAUCUCACGAAGUUGAACGCCUGCGCAGACUGCGACAUCGCAACCAGCAUCAAGAAAGACCCAGGACCCCCCUCGAGGCGCCAGAGAUUCAUUUGAACGAUAACGAUCCCACCCAAGCCUUCCUGAACGCCUUUUAUUCGUUGGAGUUCCGAGACAUUCAAGUGGCAUGGAACAUGUCGACAGCUUUGUCUGAUAAACCUGGCCGCCGGCAGCCGGAGGAUUUGAUAUUCUCCAUCAAGCAGGUAGAACUGUCCAACAAAAAGAAGAAUGCGGCCAAACUCCGGAUCGAAAACAUGCAGCUUCAAAUGGUACCAUUCCGCGCAGACAGAAGAAAGCGUUCACUCAAUUCAGCUCUCAUGCCGGAAUUGGUUUUCAAUGUCGCCUACUAUUCAAGCGGAAAGGAAUUGUGGCUUGCUUUCCAAGCUGCAGGAAAGUCACUUGAUAUUCGUGCGACAUCCGAAUUCAUCAUUCCUGCUAACAUGAUACGAAACUCCAUGGGAUCUGCCAGCGAGGCGUUGCGUGAGGGUAGGGCUGCGUGGGCCACAAAGCCAUCUCCAGACAACACCAACAAGGACAGUAGUCUGUUUGGUAACAGGCGUCUCCGAUCGGUUCUCGUUGAUGUUGACUUCACUGGUGCCACUGUGUCGCUACAGGGGAAGCAGAGCCAUGAUUCUCAGACGUUGUUGACUGCCACGUUGAAGGGCACCAGGCUUCCAGAGUCUAAGUACGGCCAGUAUGUGCAAGGAGAUUCGGCUACGACGGCUACUCUGCGGGCGCCAGGUGUCGCUCUUAAAGUUCAAUUUGAAGAUAACGGCACUGACAAUCCAGCACUCAAUGCGGAACUGAAGGUUGAUCCAUCUACCAACGUUCUAUACCCAACUCUUGUUCCCCUGGUCAAGCAGAUGACCGCUACGGUGAAAGAGAUUAUGGGUGAGCAACAACAAAGCCAGCCAGGCCGUCCACGAAGGCCAUCUACUGCAGCAAAACUGCAACCGCAGAAGUUGAUGCAAGAGACUCCCCUUUGGCGCACCCGAUCCGAACUCCAUUCUGGGACGGUGUAA